AAACAUGACAUAACUUUGGGAAAUCUUUUGUUUUGGUGUGUUUUGAAAGUUGUGCAAAAGGUUACGGGUCGGCCUGUAGUGUAGAUAAAUGAAUAGAAAAUGGUUAGCGACAGCAGAUGCAUUUCCUAAAAUGUUCCCUCCACGGCAACUGCUGAACGGUUGGCUUGGGCGGACAAUUCUGCUACGAUACCUCGAACCACACAGACGAUGGAUCAGCUGUUCCGCAGCGUUGCUCCGAAGCCACUACGAUUCGCUUGGCGUAACAGCGAACGCGACACAGAACGAUAUUAAGCAGGCGUACUACAAGCUGUCCAAACUGUACCAUCCGGAUAAGAACAAGGGCAGUGAGGUGGCUGCGGAGAAGUUCCGAGAUAUUACGGCAGCGUACGAGGUGCUGGGAAACUACCGAUUACGGAAGCUGUACGAUAAGGGCAUUCUUCAUACGGCCGGCCGACAGUUUGCAAGCGAAGCACCGACUGCAACAGAAGAGCACACCGAAGACGACGCUCAGACUCGAUUCUACAAGAAGCGCAUGACCCGUACGCAAACUCCAACGGCCACGGGACGUACGCCGAUCUACGAUUUUGACGAAUGGGCCCGCAAUCAUUACGGGGCCAGGUUCGAUCAAAAGAUGAAGGCGGAGGAACGGUUCAGAAAGAAGGCUGAACGGGAAGAAAUUUUUAAAACUCGGUUGCAACAUGAGUACAUCAUAUUUCCGCUGCUAUUUUUUUGCAUACUGUACUGUGUGAUAGUGUUCCACGAGGGUACAUACGAUACGCCGAAGUCAGUCACGAAAAAUGAGCCUUAAAAAGGCGAAAGGGUA